AUGGCGGACGAAGAAGUAGACUGGGGAAUGGAUGAGCAGGAAGACGAAUGGCGCGGAGGUGGUCUAGACGAUUCUGCAAGGAUCGACGACGAUGUAAUCUCUCUCGAGGGGGGCGAUGAUGAUGCGUCAAGUACACGUCAACCCGCUACUGGGCUCGGGUCCAAAAAUCCACCGACGGGUCCCAAGAAAGGUAGAAAGGGUGAAGUUCCGGGUGGCCCUAGGCAAGGCGCAGACUCUCAGACUUCGCGCAUCAAUGCCCAAUCCGCCGCUGCCGACUCUGAGAAACCUUCCAACGGCGAAGCCUCCCCCCUUCCUCCCGGAUGGACCGCCGUCAUGUCCAAAUCCCAUAACCGAUACUUUUACUUCCACAAAGAAAGCAACCAGACAGUUUGGGAUAAGCCCGCUUUCCCUGCUGAGCUCGAGCCCGAGCCACGAGCUGAACCUGUGGAGUCGGGUGCGGAGGUAGAAGCGGCCACUGCUGUACCCGUUGAGCAAAAGGAGAAUAAGGAGCGCCUCGUCCCAACUGGUCCUUCCGCGUCACGAAAUAUUGCUACCCAGCCUAAAUUCACCCACGCGCCUGUCCCUGCCACCACGCCUGCCAAUCAAGAUGCUGGCAACCAGAAUGUUGCCAAUGCUUACGCUCGCCGACAGACACAGCCGCCCGCUCCCCAGGGACCAGGUUCUGGUCUUGGGCCGGGAGGCCGAAACGCCCGCGCUCGAUCUCCUUUACGAGGCGACAGAGACGGCGAUGCCAAAAGGUUCAAGCAGGAUGACGGAGGCAGAAGGUCACCUCCGCCUCAUCAAUACUUAAUCAGUAAUGAUUCUAGACGUACGUGGCACUUUCCAUUCCCUAUAACCACGGCGGGAGAGGGUCAACUGCUUGAGGCUUGGAUCUCGGGCUUGCUUCUCGGUAUCACAGGCAUAUUGCAAUGCCGGUAA